AUGGACGAAGAUCUGUUUGUCACUGAAUAUCCAGUGAGCGCAAGUGAAGAUGAGGUAGGCGGGACUCUUUUAAAAGAUACUACAUUUUUAUAUAAUACUAAUCGAAUAUGGGAUCAUUCUGCUUCGCUCCAGAAUACGGCCACUAGAGGUGGACGUAACCCUGAAAUAUAAGCAUUACAGUUUCUGGGGGGAAAAACUAAAUUGCAUAGUUAUAGAGACAGGGACCCUGCACCCAGACCACUUCAAUGAGCUGUAGUGGUCUUGGUGCUUAAAGUGUCACUUUUGGGGGUCUUUGCAAGAUGACAUCUCCUUUAAGGGGUUGGUGGCUGCCCGGUGCAGUGGAAGGUAGGUAUACUUACUGGAAGCUGACCUUCGCGGUUGUUGACAUCUUCUUGCAGGAAAUGCUUUUCAGCGACUGGUGCUUUAGUUUCCAGGAGCCGCAUCAGUGCUGUAUUCUUGCACAUCUGUGAUAGUACAACACUAAGGUCUGUCGAGGAUCUUGUGGGAGCUUCCAUAGAUCAUGUCUCACUACAAGCGAAACAUUACCCAGAUCCCACAGUUGUCACUCGCUCAGCCUUUUGUAGAUAUCAGGCUUUACCCUAAGACAAAGUAGACCCUAUUUGUCUUUUAGUAUCUUUGGAAUGCCAUGGAAUUUAAUUAAACUAGUAGACACUCCUAUAAUAUGUUUCCAGUGCAAAUAGCUGGUGCGCUGCCGUUUAGCCACCGCUUCUGUAGAGCGAAGCUUGCAGUGCUAAUAUGAUACAUUUAAUGCAGUUUAUUUCCAGAUACAUUUUUUUGAUUAUAUAUUUUAUUGAAUGUGCUUUGUUGUCACUAACACUCAACCUCAUUGUUACUGCAGGGAGACAGCGACUCAGAGAGAAAACACAGAAAGUUACUAGAUGCCAUCUCCUCUCUGGAUGGGAAGAAAAGGUCAGAAUGGACAGGAUUAUUUCUUUAAAUAGCCUGGCUUACCCCUUUUAUUUUGUUCUGAUUGAAUCCAUUUCUAUUUUAGGAGGAGGUUGGCGGAGCGUUCUGAGGCCAGUCUCCAAGUGUCUGAGUUUGGAAUCAGUGCUGAAGGUUGGUUUCUGCUGCCAUUCUUUUUGGUGCUGUCCUCCUUUCUUCACUCUGUUACCCACUGUAAUUAAAGGUACACUGUUGUAAAACAAAUGUCCAUGUGUAAAUAUAAGCUUCAUGUUAUACAAUGACAUUUGUUUCAAUUUAUGGAUACUGAAAUAUUUGAAGAAAUCACUUGCUUAUCUUUUCCACUUUCCCUUUUGGACUGCCAUCUUUAUGCACAUUUGCACAAAUUAUUAGUAUUUGACGCAGUGCUCACUAUUUUCCAACUGUCCUUUGCUUUGCAACUGUAACAGAGCCAUUUUGGGCAGGCUUCUCAAUUUAUGUGAAGGACAUUUUUUACAAAACAGCCUUUUCAUCUUCUUUACAUGUUUUCUCAUCUAUUGGUUUUGUAAUGACUGAAGAACAAUACACACCAUAAUCCUUUCCCAGGCGCAGAUUGUUGAUGAUUCUGCUGUGAUUUAUGUUACAGGUACCGGGGAAAAAUUAAUGCUCUCUGAUCUUAUUGCACCCAUUGAAAAAUCUACUAAACUUUCCACUGUAAAAAAACAACUGAAUAAACUAAAUCAGACAAAAAGUGUGGAGCUUCCUCUCACCAAAGAGGAGUCAAACCGGGUAAGUAGAUAUUCUCACAGGGUGUUUCACUAAAGGGAGUGCUGUGGAGACUUGAAAAGAGAAUUUUGCCUGAAUAUGGCUAUUUUGUCCUAAAAUUCAUAAUUCCUUUAUUUUUUUUAUUUUUUUUUAGCAGUUCCUGUCUUUUUUAUUUUAUUUUUAUUAUUAUUGUACAGGGUGUUAAAAUUUUACAGAAGUCUGCUUGUUCAGGGCACUAAAGCAGUAGCCCAAUCUACGUGUCCUGACACAAAAUUAUUUCAGAUUGGGGCCCCUGCCUAAAGUCCUGGACAUUCGCAGGGUUAAUCGCUAAAUUCUGAUUUUUUUUUUUUUUUUUAUUUUUUUUUUCUGAAUUAAAUCCGGAUGGGAAAAUUGAUACAAGGACACAGUUUAGCUCUAAAUGUGAUACCAGGUACAAUGUUAGAUUUUUAUUUUUACCCUCCCAGAUACAAAGAGUUGUGGCCUACAAAAAGGCAUCUGAGGAAGUCAGUAGAUGGGACCAUAUUGUAAAACAGAAUCGCAAAGCAGAACAGCUGGUGUUCCCCCAAAAUGAUGAAAAAUUGAAGCCCACAAGAAUCGAAGAAGUUGUGAGCGGCUGGAAAGUGAGUAAUGUCUCUUCAGUUUAAAUAAGGAGGGUUUGUGUAGGGCAUUAUUUUGCCAGUCCCCUGUCUAAAACUAUUGCUUAUACAUUCAAACAUUCUAUGUGUGAACAUUUCUAUAAGAUUAGGUUAUCUUUAUAAAUUCAAUCUCUUAAAUAAUGGCAAUGGCUCAUUUUUAAAAGGACACUAUAGUCACCAGAACAACUACAGCUUGAUAUAGUUGUUCUGGUGAGUAUAAUCAUUGCCUUCAGGCAUUUUCUUUUUGCAAACACUGCCUUUUCAGAGCACUGACGUUCAGCGUUUCCCCAUUCUGAAUGGGGACGCUGAAUUUUCCUCCUAGAGAUGCAUUGAUUCAAUCCAUCUGUAUGAGGAGUCGCUGAUUGGCCAAAAUUGCGUUUGGCACCACCACCUUGCCAAUUUUAGCCAAUCCAAUGCUUUCCCCAUGGGAAAAACAAUUCUGAUGUCAUCAAGGGGGCGGGGGCAGUGCCGGCAGGCCUGCGCGACGCUGGAAAUAAGGUAAGUUUUAUUAACUGUUAAGGGGAGGGGCAAGCCACCUUAAUGGUGGGUUAAACACUAUAGGGUCAGAGAUGCAUGUUUGUGUUCCUGACCCUAUAGUGUUCCUUUAAGGUAUUUUAGUGAAGUUUACAUUUUAGGUCUAAUUUAGCUGGGUCUCUAGUGUGGAUCUGUUAUUUUGCAGUGAUGUACUAUGCAAUCCUGCUGGAUCCAGAAGUAAAAUUAUAUUAUGGCCGGUUUCAUCAUCUAUCUUAUUAGACAGAACAUGAGACUUUAAGCUGGCUAUAUUCCCAUCAUGUCUGCAUUUAGUCAUAUUCCUUUUCAGCCUUGUGAUCCGCAUCAACAUGUACUUUAAGAUGCUGCUUGUGGCUAUCAGUGCUGUAUAAUAAUUUGUAUACUAUUAUAAAUCACAGUCACAAUACUUACUUCUGGCUCUCAAUUUAGGUUGCACACCAUAAAGUGAAUAAGAAACAUGUGAGAAUUUCUAUAAUCUCUGAAGAAGGUAUCUUGUCAAUGACUUUCUGAUACAAAGUUAAAGGGACAGGCUGGGCCACUAAUGCACUUUAGCUACUGAAGUGCUUUGUGUGAAGAGUGUGUCCUUUUUUCCAUUUUACAAAAAGUGAAGAUUUCAAUAGAAAUGGCCACUUUUAAAAAUGAGACUUGUUAUACCACCACUGGCUGUCAAUCAGAUAAGAUUCCUGUUACUUCCUGGUUUGAUUAGCUCAGUGAAGCUAAACUCAAGAGACAGACUAUUGCCCAGAACACCUGCCUUGGAAAGACUUCUCAUUUUCUUUGGGGUAUAUCUAUUAAACAGCUUGCAGUGCCCCUUAAAAAAAGAAACUAUUACAUUUUUAUAUCUCCUCUUCUCUGUAUACUUUUCCUGUAUCAACUGCUGGGUGCAAAGGACCCAGCUUAUAACAAUAAUUGACAGGGAAACCAGAUCAGAAUAGAUGUUGAUUUCUACAUUUAAUUUUUUUUUUUUAUUUAUUUUUUUUUUACAAUUCACUCUUACAUAUUUAUUAAAUAUAGGCAAAAUGUAACAUGAAAAGAAAACCGUAAAGUGGCAGUUCCCCUUAUGAAAGUGUGAAAAUAUUUUGCCAUCAUCUGGCUAUCUUUACAUGAUGUUAAUUGGCUUUUUCCCCACCUAGGCAUGCACACCUUUGGAAAUGGAAAUAUUCAAUAUUCUUCAAAAAAAUAAUCAACCCUUAAUCGAUCCAUUACUCACCCAUGUGGAAGAAGCAUCACUAAAAGCAAUGAGCCUGGAGGAGGUGAGAAGUGAACAGACCUCUUGCAGAUAUUGAAGGAUUUUUCACCAAAUUAUUUAAAUUGAAUCAAUUAAUUUUUUUUUUUUCGGGGGUGGGGUGUGGAGAAAUAGUUAUUGAGAGAGAUAGAUCUAUAUUAUAUGUAUUUUGAACGUGUCUGGUCUUUGCUGCCCUCUGCUGAUAUAAGUGUUGCUGUACAAUGCGUCAUGCAAAGCCGAUAUGCUGGAUUGUGUCUUGCAGGCAAUGCUUCGACGAGCUGAACUUCAGAAGGCAAGAGCCUUGCAGUCCUACUAUGAGUCAAAAGCUCGGAGGGAGAAGAAGAUUAAAAGCAAAAAGUAAGAAUUUUUAUUUUGUACAACACAAAUUUGCAAAAAGCUAAAACACUAUAUAUUUUUUUUAUUUUUAUAUUUCAUCUUUUUCUAUUGGAUUCAAAAGCAGAUGUUUGUACAUAUAUAAAAAUAUUUACAAUAAAGCUGAAAUUUGAUUUAUAUGAACCAAUUUACUAUUGAGAGAACAUGCUAAUGUUAAACCUGUCCCUCGUGGUCUCCGCCAUCUUCUUCUUUGGGAUCCUCUUCAGCUCCUGGCGCGUCUGUGCUGUACUCUUGCACACGUGCAGUGAUGUCUGAAGGAGACUGUGGGAAUCUCCAUAGACAAUGCCUUUGUCUCCACAACCGUUACUAGUACAAAGUGGCUCCUCUGCCUUUUUGUCAAGCGUAGGAAAAAUACAAUCCCUACUUUGUCUUAUAAUAUCUUUUGAUUGUUUUGGUAUUUCAAUGAUUUUUAGACUUGCCUGUCAUUCACUGCUGGGAUACGCUGUUUUCUGCAGCCUUUUCUGAUAACUUUUGUCCAAUUUAGUGCUUUUUAUAAAGCUUUCACUGUGCUCCACCAUUGCAAUUCAUCGGAUAGUAAAGCAUGGAAUCCAGUGCCUUUCUGUGAGAAGCAGUGGAUGUGAAGGUCUACAGUGAGAACUUACUUCAGUGUGACAUCUUUGAAGGUGUUGUCUAUUUUGCAUUGGAAUUUCCCCAAAACAUCAAUGUUAUAUGGGUUCCUUGGAUCAAAACCAUCUCAUUACAGGAACACUCCAAGCACCAUAACCACUACACUCUGGCAAAACCCAUUGUAAGUAAUCAAACCGUUUUUGAACUCCUCAGUCAACUGAUGUCCUCAGCCAACGAGCUAAGCACUCCACUACUUGACUCUGCUCUCCUAUGCAGGACCUGGCUCUCUCGCUUCGGUGUUGAAGGCAGAGAGUAGGGCUUAGCGGACCUCAGUUAAAUAGUUGAAAAACGGAUUGACUACUUAAACUAUUAACAAGUUAUCGCAUUGAAAUAUUUAAUAUGUAUUCUCAACAAUUUGCUUCUUUUUAUCUGUGGCCCUUGCUUUAUAAAAUAAUAAUAUUAACAAAAACGUAAAAAUGCAUAUGUGUAAUAGAAGCAAACAUUUGAAAGUAAGAGGAAUGACCUUUUUACUCAGGUUCCACAAAGUGCUAAAAAAGAGCAAGACGAAGGAAGCUUUGAAGGGAUUUGAAGAAUUGAGGAAAACCAAUCCAGAGGCAGCGUUGGAAGAAUUGCAGAAGAUAGAAAGAACCAGAAUGGAGGUGACCGAAGAAGUCAAAUAAUGGGGCAUAUCUUUGUAUACUAGCAUGAUGCUCUUUAGUUUUAAGAUGGGCUUAAAGGGCCUGUAAAGUACAGUAGCCACUACACUCCCUGGAACGUUCAGAGUCAGAUUUUUUAUUUUUUUAUUUUUAAAGAUUGGACACCUACUGAAUGUCCCAUGUGCCUGCCGAUUGGCCCCACUUUACUGUCCUCUCUAACGCAGAAGUUAUACUUUAAUUUCAGUAUCAAUUUUGUUCAACUUUUAUUAGAAUUCGGUUGUAUUAACAUAUAUAUAAUGUGAAAAUUAAACUUCUGCUUUAUUGGUAAACGUGAAGAAGGGCUAGAUGACGGCACCUGAAUUAAGCAGUAAGUGUUAAACCAUUCAAAAUGGUUUCAUUCUUAAUGGUGGGAUGAUGCUGUCUGUGAAAAGGGCUAUACCUUGUGUCCCUUGGUGACCCAGGUAUCAUUCUCUGUCCAAAACUAUUUGACUCUUAACAUUCUGACGCCAGAGGACUCCUGGCACCAAAACUACUACAGUAGACUUAAGUAGUAGUUACUGUCCUUAUAGUGUCCUGUCCCUUUAAACCUGGUAGGGCAUUAUGCUUUAGUAGUUUACACACACUUGGAAUGUCAAUGUUAUAUAUAUCUGAAUAGCUAGACAUUGCCUUGAAAACCAAUGGCAUGAGUACUUCACUUCUCAAAUUUUGCUCUAGCAUUGCAUUUUAUAUUUAAUGGGUGUACUGUUUUAUAUUAUUCAUCUCUGCCCUUGCAGUCAAUUUUUUUUGUUUUGUUUUUGUUUUAAAGGAACGAAUGUCCCUGAAGCACCAAAAUAGUGGCAAGUGGGCUAAAUCCAAAGCCAUCAUGGCAAAGUAUGAUGAUGAUGUAAGUAUUCUGUAUGUUUGUGGCGAGUGUAAUAAUGACAAAUAUUUGGUCACUGAAUAAUUUGUAGUUUUUAUCAAUUUACAGCAAAAUUAAAUAUAUUGUAUGCGAGCAACUGGGCAAGCACUGUGGAUUAUAUUCGUUAAUAUAUUAAUUGUAAAGAGCUUGAAAUUCUUUUUUGUGAAAAUUUUAGCCCACAAUUUCCAAGCUGGAAAAUAGAACUAGUGUAUAAUUUUGGCCUAAAAUUUGCAAUAUCUUUAUCAAUUUACUACUUUUCCAAAUUUAAUGGAUAUACUACAAUUGUAGCAUCACAUACUGUAUUCGUAUUGAGGGAUGGUUAUAUUGUACUGAUCUUUAGAAUUCUCAUUCAUGUGAUAGUCUUUGCAAGCAAUAUAUAUUGCACCAUGCACUUCUAAGUAAGCAAGUGAAUGAAUGCUGCCAGUUUAAACAAUGUUUGCCAUGGCUUCUCCUGCACCUUGUGUCAGCUCUCGGACCAGACGUCAGUGGGCACUUAUCGCUAGAGACUAUUUGAGUUUGCUUUUGUAAAAUGUAGGCUUUGUAUGGAUGUACUAUACAUUUUUUUUUUUUUUUCAGUAGAUAGCUGUGACAUAACAUUUUUAUUUACUUAAAUAUAUUGAGUUGGAUUCAACCUGGGCUUGCUGGCUGUCAUUGUAGUCCAAGUUGGAUGGAAUUGCAUUUGGUAAUGAGGAAGUGUAUCCACACAGGAGGGUUGGCCUUCGGUACCAGAGAGGUUUCAAAGCAUUUUAUCAAACAGACCUUGGUACUGUAACCAUACAGUCAAAGCACCAUAACCACUGCCGUGAGCUUUAGUUAGUGGCGCUUAGAGUGCCUAUUUAAACUGAUUUUUUUGAAAUGGUAAUGGUACUUUUUUUUAUUUUUUUAUUAUUGUCAUGGAGCAUUUUAAUUAAUUUAGUAUAAUAUAUAGAAAUUUUUUAAAGAUGACAAAUUAGAAGUUACGUAUUUGGCAUCUUGCAUGACAUUUUGUUUCUGUAAGAUGUAGAAAAGAAAAUUAAAUAAUACAACAGUUAAAACAAUAAACAAAUACACUAGUAUAAAUUUAUGUAUGCUCUUUUCUAAACAUUCUAGGUAUUUGGAAUAUUAGGUUGGUUCAGGAUUGGGAAUAACUAGCUUGAGGUGUUUUGUUUCGGGAAGUUGGCAUAAAGGCAUUUUGAUUUUAGAACUAGUGCUGCGGUCACAUCUGCCUUCUGAUCGGAAAAUGUUACGUGAAACAAACUGCUUCCCCUUUUGAUUAAAAUAAAAUGUUCAAAUAUUUAAUGUAUUUCAUUUUAGAGAUCGGUUUCUUAAGGUUUAUGAAUGCUACAAAGAGAUCUGUUGAACUAAAUGUGUAAUUGCCACUGUGCUCAAUAGGUGCAUAUUUUUGUAUCUGUAUCAGUUGUACCGAAUGUCAACUCUUGUUACCGUUACUCUGUUAGGCACGCAAAGCAAUACAAGAACAACUUCAAAAAAACAAGGACUUGACUAGGAAAGUGGAGGUUUUGUCCGAAAGUGAUGAGAGCGAGACAGAGGAAGUUAUCCCAGAUUUUGUUAAUGAUGCGGAAACCAAUCUCGAUGGACUCAACCCCUGGAUGACUGGAAAACUGAGCAGAGAUCCAAAGGACUCUGGGAAUCAAGAGGAGGAAGAGAAGGGUCAAACUGACCCUGAUGUAAACAAAACGGCAGAUGUGUCGGAUCAUGAUAAUUCCGAGGCUGACCUAUCAGAGGAAGAGACAUUGCUUCAGGAAUUUGAGGAUAACCGACGUCUCAGGAAAAUGCACGAAGAUGAUGCUAUUAAAGAGCCUGGUGAGUUUUUUUUCCUUUCUUUUCUUUUCAAUUAAAAGGCCUUAUAUAAGUUUUGUACAAAAAGUUUGUUUUAUGUGAGGGGGCUAAUAUUAUAAGAACAGGCUUUGAGUAGGCCCUGUCCAAAAUGUGGUGCUCUUUUAUUACAAGCAGGCUGAAGAAUUUGAUUAUAUGCGGUAAUUAAUUUCUUUUUAAUUUUGUACUUGGCAAAAUUAACAAUAACAACUUAAAGUGACCCUAAGCAUAACCGCUUCAUCUCAUCGAGGUGGUUAUGGUGUUUGUCGUUUCCUGGCGUUAUCCCAAUGUUCAAUAUCUAGCUGUUUUUGAAUUGCUUUACACUGAUUUGGGGUUCCUGGGAGCCUGUGACUUCAGCCACCAUUUGAGGUUAUUAUGAAUGCAAUUAAACUCUGCAUCAGCUAUCCUGCUUACACCUGCUAUAGGCUGCUGCCACUACUCAUGCUUAUAUGGAAGCAUUGGUCUGAGCUGCAGAGAGGGGCCAAGCUCUCAGUCAAAUCAGUUCAGGACAGUUUAACACUUGAACGGUGGAGCGAAACCAGAAGAUUUCAGACUUCAUAACUUCAAUGAUGUGAAGUGGUUAUGGUGCCUACAGUGUCUCGUUAAAGAACUGUUUUAUUUUGAAACUGAUUUGACAUUAAGUGCACUGGAAUAUAUAUAAUCUGUGGUCUCUUUUCUGUGACUUAUUACCACACUAUUUAUUUUAAUUUUUAUUUUGGGAGAGAUAAAACACUGCACGCUGGAGAUGGAUGUUCUGUAUUCACUUACAGUGCUGUGAGCAUGUCUUAAAUGUAAAUACUGUAGUUUUCUUGCUCUAUUAAAUAUAUUUUCACUUCCUCCUUACACUCCUCAGGACUACAAAAUUUGGCGGUGUGGGAGGGUUUUUCCAGCAAGACUAGUGGCCACUCGGCUUGUUUCUCUUCUCGUGAAUGCUCACACCUUGCGCAUACACACAGUGUUCACUGCUUAUACAGAAGCACUGGAUUCAAUGCUCUUCUAUUAUCAGAUUAGCAGGUUGCUGCACAUGCAACCAAGGUACAACAAUGCCUUUAUUUGUGCAAAGUCUGAAACCGCUUUCAAUGAUUAGUGCAACUCGAAGACAGGCCCUCAGAGCUCUCAACCAUGCAGCUGGCAACUCUCAGUUCGAGCUGCCUGAUAUCUGUUAUAUUGAAAUUGUGCGUGUGGUCUGCCCACAUUACACACCUGAUUUUGGGCUAAGCUCUCCCUACACCCAGAAGCAGCACUUAAACUGUUAUUAGCUGCUAUCAGUUUACAUAGAGGUUUCAAUUGUCCCCAGUGAUAAACAGAACAGCUCUGAGGAAAUAAACUGAUUUUCCCAUAAACCUUUGUUGGACAGGAGCUUUCAGCAUGACCUAAGGUUUGGUAAAACGUUUAUAUAUUGUUUUUGUCUCAUCUUAUGUAAUCAAUCAUGUGACAAUUUCGCUGUGGAUAUCUCUUGUAGAUGCUGUCAAUGAAGCAGUAAGCAAUAUUGUUGAUGACACAAGAGAAGAACAAGUAACAGAGUUUAACCGAAUGUUUCAGAGAUUCUUGGAGCAAAAUAAAAAAGAUAGCGUCAAUAGAAAAAGUAAAAACAGUGACCCUGUAGAACAAGAAGAAGAUAACGAUGCUGAGGAACCAGUAGUACUUGCAGAAGAAAGUCCAUUACUGGUGGAGAGCAUGGAUAGAAAACAGAGCUUAGUAGAAAUGGAUGCUCUUGGACAAGACGAACUGCAAGAUGAUCCCAUAAAACAGUCUAUUCCACCAAGCAAGAAGGAUCGUGCAAGGCAGUCUUUGCCCACCGUCACAGAGAUCCAGGAUAAGAAACCAAAACUUAUUGACCACAACAGUGUUCUACCAGUAAAGGCCCAUAAAAUUAAAACAUCGUUACUUCCUACUACUGUAGAGGAAGACGAGGUAAGCAAGCUUUCUAUGUGCACAAUCAGUCAAUAAUCAUGAUUUAUAAUGCAAUUGAGAGAAUAAAUGGAAAGUGGAAGUGUGAUGAAUAUCCAUCUACUUUUAAACUGUAAAGUUUGCUUGUCUGGGAGUGUUCAACCUUUGCUCUCCAGGUCUUUUUGGACAAUAAUGCUGUUGACGGUCAAAGAAUUCUGGGAAAUACUCUUGGAAACACAAUACACUUGGUAGACCAAGGUUGGACACCCCUGGGUUAGAGGAACAGGAUUAUGCAAUGUAUGAUAACCAUGGUACAGUGCUGCUGAAUUUGUUGGCGCUUUAUCAAUAAUAAUAAUAAAAUGAUCUUACACUCUACCAAAUUCCCUUUAUUUUUCCUAAGACAGUUUAAUUAAAAAAAGCCUUACUGUGGCUUCUAUGCUCACAAUAUCUUAUUACAUUACAGAUUUCUAAAUCGUUUUGGUAUUGUUAAAUCUAAACAACUUUUUUUAUAUAUAUUUUUUUAUAUAUAUUUUUUUUUUUAAAUUUUUGGCAUUGGAGUGUCCAUGGAACUCAAUCGUUGACUUAUUUUUUUUAUAUAAAAUAUUAUUUUACUAAUCAGGAGGAAGACGAUGAGGUCGAUCAAAAAAUGAUCAUCCAAGAAGCGUUUGCUGGAGAUGAUGUCAUUAAAGAUUUCCUUAAGGAGAAACGCAACGCAGAAGAAGCUGGGAAACCUAAGGAAAUCAACCUAGUUCUGCCUGGCUGGGGAGAAUGGGGUGGACUAAAUCUGAAACCCAGCAAGAGAAAGCAGAGCAAGUAAGGUUUAGCAGAAUAAUGUCACUAUUCAUUGAUUUUUUUAUUUAUUUUUUAUUUAUUUUUGUGUGUGUAUGUAUUUCAGUAUGUAUUUCAGUAUGUAUGUCUGUCUGUGUGCAUGUAUGUCAGUGUUUGUAUGUCUGUGUAUGUAUUUCAGUAUUUGUCUGUCUCUGUGUGUGUGUGUGUGUGUGUGUGUGUGUGUGUGUGUGUGUGAAUAUGCCAUGCAGGUCAGUCACUAAGCAAUGACACUAAGAGCCUAUCCCUGCAAACUCACAUUUCAGUUCUUCUUAGUUGUCGUUAUUUCCUUUGAAAUGUCUAUUCCAGAUUCCUGCAUCAUUCACUUUGACCUUCUUUGGGAAAGUAUAGUUUCUCAACAAAAGGAUCAUGCAUCACUUUGAGACAACUGUCUAAAUCAAAAACUUUUUCUUUGAAUGAGACUGCUACCUACACUGCUUCUUUCUUAUUCUAUCCACACCAACUUCAGUGGGAAUACUGAUCUAACUAAUCAGUAUUCUAUCCAUAGGAAUGCUGGAAAAUUGCACUGAGCAUGCCUGACAGAAUUAUGCAUGUGCAGUUGGAAGAUCUCUUCACCUUACAGCAUCCUGACAGUUAGCGAAGAGAAUGGAGUCAGAUCAGUGUGAUUAAUACAUUGCAGGCUUCAGUGUUGGGUUUCUAUGUCCUGCUUCUGCACAAUGAUGCCCUGUUUCUGUCAUUAGUGGACUGGUCUGAAACUGGGAUGUGGGUGGGGGCUCAAGAAACUCCCCUAAAUGAGAGGUGUGCCCCAUAAUGCAAUCUGACCUAGUUUAUAGUUAAUUUACAAAUGUUUAUUACAUAGUUUCAACAAAGGUUUCAAAGUCUCUUGCUUUAUUUUGAUUUGUAUAUUUGUUUAAAAGUGAUUGCUUGUUGGUUUAAAAAAAAAAAAAAAAAAAAGGAAUUGUCAAGUGUCCCUUAAAGCUGCCCAAUUACUGUGCAUUAUAUUGAGCGAACACUGGAUGCUUACACAAUUAAAGGGCCACUAUAGUCACCAGAACAACUACAGCUUAUUGUAGUUCUGGUGAGUAUAGUCAGUCCCUGCAGGCUUUUUGUAGUAAACACUUUUUUUUUUUUUUAAAUAGAGAAAAGGCAGUGUUUACAUUACAGAGGGCCACUAGAAGUGCUUUCUGGGUCAGCGCUGCACAGUGUGUAGCACUGUCCAUCAACGUCUCUUCACUCUGCAUGGAGAUGCAUUGAUUUAAUGCAUCUCUAUGAGGAACUGCUGAUUGACCAGGGGGGUGUUUGGCUCUGCCCCAUUCUCAUGAGAAAGUAUUGUGAUUAGCUAAGAUCAUACAUUCUGAUGUCAGCCUAGGAGGCAUUUCGGGGGUGGAGUCAACCACGCAUUUCUGGAGAUAAGGUGAGCUUUCUCAAUAUGCCAGGGGGGCAAGCAUGUUUAACACUAUAGGGUCGACUCUACAUAGCAGGGGUCCUCAAACUACGUCCGUGGGCCGUAUCCAGCCUGCCAGGGUCCUUAACACGGCCCAAGCAUUUAGGACCACUCAAUGGGCCCUAUAUCUUGAGGGAUUCGGUCAGCGCUGCGGGCGUGCAAUAGCGCGACCAGGCCCCUUUAAAAAAUUGCAGCUGCAAGUAAUGCUGGGAGGAAGUGACAGCCGGUCACUUCCUCCCAGCUCCCUCCGCGCGGGAAGGAAUAGAGACAGGCCGCGAGUACGGAAGAACCGCGCCGACUCAAAUCAGCCAUUGUCACCCUCCUGCAAAAAAAGUAAGAAAAAUUAAAUGUGUGUAUGUAUGUAUGUCUGUCUGUGUGCAUGUAUGUCAGUGUUUGUAUGUCUGUGUAUGUAUUUCAGUAUUUGUCUGGGUGUAUGUCUGUCAGUGUGUGUGUGUAUAUGUAUGUCCUUAUGCGUGUUUGUGUCUGUAUGUGUGUUAGUAUGUGUCUGUAUAUGUCUGUUUCAGUAUGUAUAGGAAUUCCUUUAAAUUUUUUUCAAACUAUAGUCCGGCCCCCAACAGUGAAUGAGGGACAGUGAACUGGCCCCCUGUUUAAAAAGUUUGAGGACCCCUGCACUAUAGGAAUACACGUUUGUGUUCCUGACUCUUUAGUGUUUCUUUCAUAUUGUCCUCCUGAACCUCCAGGAUUGCAUGCGCACACAUCAUUUAACAUAUAAAAAUAUGGAGAAUUACAUACAAACAGCUGUUAAGAAAUGCCCAAAAUGUAAAUUAAGUAACUAUAUUACAUUAUCCACACACCAAAGUAUUAGGCCGUCUCCAGUUUGUCAAUCUGCUCCUAAAUGGUUUAACAUUAACAUUAAACCACAGGGCAGCUCCAGGUCUAUCUAGGCAACAUAACCACUAGUGAGCAGUAGUCGUUCUGUUUCUUAGUGUCCCAUUAACGAGUGACAUAAGCUUUUUAGCUUUUGAAAAAAUGAAACUAAGAGUGUGUUUAUAUGUGUUUGAAGGGCUUUACACUUUGUAUAAAAAAAAUUGAUUUAUAGGUUCGCUAGUUGUUUUGUUCCAGUAUGUCUUAUUAUUUACCCCUCUAUCUAUAACCACACUUUGUAUAGAUAGAGCAUUUUGUAACGCACAGUAGAAGAAAUGUAUAUAGAAUAAAUGAAAUAAAAAUAAUGCAAUGCGUAAGCAAUUAAAUUUAAUUUCACUCUGCCCCUUCAAUCUGAAAUACCCUUUUUAAUAAACUACUACAGUUGUCUGUGGAAUCAUGCAAGGUAACAUACUGAUCUGUUAUUUGCAACUUUAUAGUUUUUUUAUUUAUUUUUUUAUUUUUACAAUGACUUUUUAAUUCAAAUGAAGCCCUUCCCGCUUGAUCAAGCAAGCCAUUGGAGCAAAAAAAAAAAGUGCUAUGGUGUCUCCACAGUUGAAUUGUCUUUGGCACUUUUUCUUAUUCUGUAAAUCUGAGACUUGCAUUAAUCUGAAUAUUACUUGUUCUUGGAGAUACUUUGGGGACUCCAAUGCUGCUAAAGGUUAUGUUUUGCUUUCAAAGUGACUUGAAAAGUGUAAUUGAGAAAGGAUCCCUUGUUGAGCUCCUUCACGGAUCUCUUGCUGUGCUUCACUUAGCCAUACAAUGCCGAGGGACUGCAGAUGUACUGCUGUCUGGCGGACUAACACUUAUGUGUGUUUAAAUUUUUUUUUUUAUUUUUUUUUUUAAUUAUUGCUAACAAAGUGUGGCUUUUCUCAUGCUGAAAAAAACCUGUUUAGUUCCAAAAAUAUCAAUCAUGCAUUGCAUCCCUUUGGCACUAAAGAGGUGAAUCCUCUAUCUUUUUAACCUUAUACGCACUGGUGAUCUUUUCCUGCCACUUUGUUGUUAUUUGAUCUGUGUUCUUAUUAAUUUGCUCUCCGUUCCAGAUUUAUUAUCCCAGCUCAUCCUGCGCGCCCGAGGAAGGACCGUCGACUUCCUAAUGUCAUCAUAAACGAGAAGAGGAGUUCAGGGGCUGCAGCCCAUCAGGUGAGGAGAAGAGCGUUUUAAGCUUCUGUUGGCAUAUUGUUGGGUAUUUGUAGAAGAGUUAGCUAAUUGAAUCGGUGCUUAAUAUUUUCCACUUUUGUUUCAAUGAGAAAAGUAAAAUAUAAAAUUAUAAAAAAUUUUUUAGUUUAGAGCCACCGGUAUGCUAUCAUAUAUAAUCAGAAUGAAAAACGUGUAUUAAAAAAAUAAAUUCUUAUGUUUGUUCUGCACAUGUCCGUGUUGUUUGUAAACUAUACCGUAUAAGGUCGAUGCAUAGAUCUUGUACUGUGCCUGCGUCAAAUAUUUAUUUAUUUUUUUAAAAGAGAUUGACGGAAAAAAAGAAAUUCUACAAAUCUUCUCAAUUACCAGUUCACAUCACCAUACUCGUACUCAAUAAGUUAAAAUGUUAGUGUACCGUCUAAGCCUCUGCAAUUUGCCUUGUUUUUUUUGCUUUUUCUCAUUGUUCACUGAGAGGAAAGGAGUAAAUGGCAUCUAGUCAGCUCUGGUUGGAAUUACGGUUAUUUUUGCAGCUUCAGCAGUUACCUCCUCUGGGCUAGUCUUUAUUUUUAUACUGAUGAAUAGCAAUGGUCCAACAAGCUGCCUUUCACUCCUAGGGGAACCAGUGGAAUUGCAGAAUUCCUAUUUCCAGCUGUUAACGCCAGCGAACUGGUGCAUCCAUAGCACUUGUAAUUGGAGAGCUCCCACUGAUGCUGUAAUAAGGGCUGCUUCCUUUCUAACAUUAUUUUUAUAUUUUCCUAUAUAAUAUAAUGUAACUGCUAUGGUUGAUUGCUCAGGGGUAUUUGCCUAUUCAAAUGUGUAUAUAGUAAGACUAUCUAUCUGUUAACAAAUAAACAUCAAGUUAGAUCAAGUCUUUAUGUUGUGCAAUAUCUGUAGCAUUGUUUAGUUUUCCUAGGUGUUCCAUAUGUUAUUGUAAUGGAAUAUUUUUUGUAUAUUGGAUUUUUUUGGGAAUUGAGCACGAGCUAUGUAUACUAAUAACAUGUUCAUUUUGCUGUGUUUACAGGUUAGUGUGCUACCUUUCCCAUAUAAUAACCACACACAUUUUGAGAGCACUAUCCGGGCCCCUGUGGGUAAUACUUGGAACACCGAGAGAUCUGUGCAGAGGUUGAUUGCACCUCCAAUCAUUACCAAAAAAGGGCACAUCAUCGAACCCAUUACAGAAGAGGCUCUCCAAAAGCACGGACCAUCAAAAAAGCCUGAUAUGGAGCUUAACAAACCAAAAGCAGAGUCAAAACGCCCACCUACAAAGCACCAUCGCCACAAAAGACUCAAACAAAAGAAGAAACAAUAGUUUGUUUUUUGUGAAAAAGAAAUAACUAUAAUAACGAUCCAGCUGUAUUUGGUGGCUGAGACUCAAGUCUCUUUAUUUUGUGUUCCAGUGUGGACCUCACUGUGUUUAGAGUAAAAACUUUUAAUUGCCAGUUUCAGUGUGAAGAAGCUUCUUUUUAGACGAAUGAGGCUGUGCCACCCUAUUGUGUUGCUUCUUCAUUACCGUUUCUGUUAACUGACUCUGAAAGGUAUAUUACAGAAAUUGUGGACAGUUGAUCUCUUAAACCAUCUUUUAGUACAUUUUCAUUAAAAAAAAAAAAGAAAAAAGUUUGGGAAACAUUGUUUUUCUAAGUAACAUUUAAAAUUUCAAAUUGAAAUGUAUCUAUCAAGUGUGAGCUAGUUUCAGGCCACAGAUAUGGCUUGCCUGAGGAUAUUGUCUCUAAUUGUGUAUGAUUUCAGCUGUUGACUAGGCCAGUUAGGUUUAUCACUUGUCAAAUGCAGGAAUAUAAUUUUUGUGAACUUCUCAUAAUAAAAUAAUUUCUAGAAACCAAACACAAGCAUCAUCUAUUCUUCAGAGGUCAUUUUGUGGUUUUGUAUUGAUCCUUGCCACGAGUAUAACGUUUUUAUUAUCAUUUUAUUUAAUUUGCUAUCUGGUUCUUCUUGCAAAAGUCUAAGCAUUGACAAGGUUAAUAAGAACGGUCAGCCAUCGCUCGUUAUUUACUGAAGGAAAAAGAAUCCCAAAAUAAAAUCCUAGCUGUUCGCAAUGCAUUUUUUUGUUUUUGUUUGUGUAGCCUUGUAAAAUUUAUAACCUGUAUAAUGAUUUGUAAUGCCAGUCUUGUAGUUUCCACAUUCGCUUAGAACUGGUAUUUUAUUUUAAAAGAGUGAAUGUAUUAUGCAGAUAUAAUAAAGGAUCAUAGUAUAUUUUAUUUCUAUGCUCUGCGGACAUUCAUUGUUUUCUACAAGGACAUACAUACAUAAUCUCUGACAAUUCUGUUCAAUGCUGACUCAAAACACUAACCGGAUUCUAUCACUGCCCAUCUGUUAUACGGGGAUUCAGGCAGCUUUUGUAAACAUCUGACUAGAUAAAAACCGUGAAAAUCUGUUUUGGGCCAGUGUUUAGCCCUUUUGUCAGCAUAGUAUGAUUAAAUAUUAAAAAAAAAAAAGUGAAUUUUUUUAAAUUUAUUUUCCAAUAGAUUAUUUUAUGUCAUAGUAGAUUGCUUAUGCUAUACAAGCUUGUAAGGAAACUGUUAGAGAAUAUUUUAAUGCCACUGACCCAGUCGCUUUGUAUUUCCUAUACCACUGCUCCUCCACCCUCUCCUCAAGGCACACCUAACAGUACAGGAUUUAGGGAUUACUCAGGAGUGUCUAAGGGGUUUAGAAAAAGGAAAAAACAAAACAAAAAAAAUCACCUUGGAGUCUAAGGUGUGUUUAAACACCUUAGAGACACCUGGGUAAUCCCUAAAUCCUGUACUGUUAGGUGUGCCUUGGGUUGAGGAGCACGGUCCUAUAUCACAGUUACACUGUAAUCACAUAGCCGGGCAGGUUUUUAGUAUCUAUAUGAUAGCAGGUGGAAACCUCCUUCAGUAAGUUUGACCGAUGGUUGUCCAUCAAUAUACCUCAGGCCACCCCAAAUUGUGCUACAAAGAAAUUUACAUCAUGCCUGUAAAAGGUAUGGGCAAGAGUACAUCAUUGAGGUCUAUGGAGCUUCCUAUGAGAUAACUGGAUCCUCCACAGGGAGAGCAUUCCGCUCCCCUCACCCUACAGCCAUCACUGGUGACAGAUGGGAGAAAUUACUACCAGACUUGUUUCAGCACACUGUAUUUUAUUUGAUCUAUGUAAUAUCUAGUAUUAAGGUUAUGUCUAUUCUAUCCGCCUUUUUCAAGUGCAUUAAAAGUAUACCUUUUUAACCUCGAGUUUCACUUCAAAGAGAUCACUCCACAUAUAUAAAGCACUUAAGCAUGCUGAAGUGCUGUGUCUGAAGAGUGUGUCUCUCGUGCAGAUGUCACUAGACAUAGACAGUUUUAUUAACUAACCUUCAUACACCCCCCUUGGUUGUCAAUCAGACAACCGGUCCUGUUACUCCUUGGUUGUUUAGCUCACUGGAGAUAAAUUUAAGAGGCAGCAAUUGCCCAAAAGCUCCUGCCUUGCAUAUAUUUCUCAAUGAACUGCAUUUGGGAGUAUGCGAUUGGACAGCCACAGAAAGUCUGGGUUGAGGAAGAUGAGUAGGGCUUGCAAAGGCUGCAGAUGAGAUCUGUUUUUAGAUAUAACCCCAAAGAAAAAAAGCAUAAUUAAAUUCAUGCAUGUUUUUAUUGGGUUAUACCUACAUAAUAGUGAUUUUUUUUUUUUUUUGAUUUUUGUUAAAUUCAGGCAGUGGAGUGAUCUUUUAACUUUAUUGAAGAAAGGCAAGUUUAAGAAACAUUCAAAGAAUGCGGAACAGCUUGAUGUGCAGGAGACCCAUAUAGCUUGGAAGGAUGGAUGAAAGAGGUCCAAUCCUUGCCUGUUGCCCCCCCUUCAUGUGCGUUCCUUUUAAAGGAUUAAAGAGCUGUAGAUCCAAAUUCCUAUUAUGUUCUAUAGUCUAUAAUGUAUUGUAUUCAGGAGUAACAUGAAACAGAAUAAAGACCCACUUCUCCAUUUUACUGGGACCAUUACCCGACUUUUUCUGGCGAUGCCUAAAGCAUUGCACAAAUCUCUGAUUGAAAAUGAAGGCCAAUUUGUAAUUAAUUAUGUUUUGGUAAGAUGACUACUUCUGUUCUGUAUGGUGUGUGAUUUAGAGUUGAUGAACCCUGACCACCACACCUCAAUGCUCCCCACCCCAUCUCAAAACCCACAUAGUGAGUUUUCUAGAGUGUAACACAUUAUACUCCAUGUAUAUGGCAUUUUUAUUUAACGUAUGUUAAAUAAUCCAAGAAUCUUUUAGACAAAAUCCUACUUUCUGUGUGUGCUUUGCCCUGUUGCUAUAUUUCUUUUAGAAUUGUACUGUUACAAUAUAAUAGUGCUUAAAAUGGACCAUAUCCUGUGUGCAGCUGGAUAUCAGAUUACUGUAAUAGGCAGCAGCCCAUGGUAUUCAGAACCCCCUACAGCAGCUUGACGUGCUAUUUCUAGAAUUUGCUGCUCGGAAUAAGAUCUCUGUUGAAAGCAGUGGUAAGCGAAGGCUGAAAUCACAGGUCAAAGUUAAUAUUGCUAUAAAGCAGUGGCAUGGCUGAGAUAGACCUGCACAGUAUAAACACACAGCUGGUGUUUAAACAGAUGGAGAUAAUCUCAGUUUGUCACUAAAUACACCAAUUAUAAUGUGUAUGACUGUGUAGCUGCCCAAAUAGCUUCAAAAAAAAUAAACCAUCCUUGAUACCUGUACAUUUGGUCCCUGUUGCAUGUUUUCGUAACUCGUUUACUGCUGGAACGGACCUUGGCAACUCCAAAAAUAUAUAUAUUUUUUCUUUUUUUUGUAAUCCUUUUACUGUUUCAUCUGUACUGAGUAAAUAAAUAAAUUACAAUAUUUUUCAGGUUUGAAUAAGAUGCCCAUUUGAGAGUAUGAGCACUAUGCAGCAUAGAACCCAUAGAAAACUCUUUAAAAAAAAAAAAUGUAUUAACUAAAACAGGGAUAUUUACUAAAAUGGGAAUUGACGGUGGAUAUUAAUUUUUUUAACCCCGAUUUUGCAAGUUAAAUGUUAGGAAUAAAAAAAAAUCUAGUUUUGUGCUGCAGUUCCAAAAGUCAUAAUGGAUUUAUUAAGUGCAAUGUUGUAACAAGUACAUUUACAGAAAUAGAAUUUAAAAAAUAAAUAAAAUUAAAUUGCUUGGGAAAACGUGAUAAUUUAAACAUGGUGGAGUUUUUUUUUCACUAAACAAUGAAUUGUAGAGAAUUGAAAACAGAAUUGCAAAAUGUUGUUGCGACUAAACCUUAGUCGAGAAUUUUGAGAAAUUUGUUAAUCCUAUUUCAAUUCACUGCAUUAAAAUGAAUGAAUCCAUAUAUUUUGCUUCUUUAAUUAUCACAAGCAUCAUUUUCUCCUGGGGAUAUAGCACUCAAUAUUUGCAGAGCUUGUAGACUGUGAGAAUUCAUUAACCAAAGCAAUAAAAUCAUAAUUUUCACAUAUGCUGGUCUAUCACAGUGGAUUUACAUACUGGGAUAUUCACUAAACCACAGCUUGUUGGGAAUUCACCAGGGAAUGGCAAAUUCCAAGUCAGCUUUGUUUUAAGCUCAUCUACUUUGAUCCAGUAUUUGCAGUUCCCUGAUAAAUUCCAGACAAUUUGUGUUUUAGUUAAUACCUCUUCAUGUAUAUCAUCACGGGUAUCAUGUUCAGACAUAUAUAGAUACAUACACAGAAAAAUAGGGGACAAUCUGCUAAAGAGAUAAGGGAAGUUUUAGUUUGUUUUUAUAUUAUAUUAUUUUCACUGGGGUUGUGUUCACAUAUAUUGUUGUUUUUUUAUAUAUAGAUACAUACACUGAUCAGCCACAACAUUAAAACCAAUGACAGGUGAAGUUAAUAACAUUGAUUAUAUUGUUACCAUGAUACCUGUCAAAGUGUGGGAUAUACAGUAUCUCGCACAAGUGAGUACACCUCUCACAUUUUUGUGAAAAUUUUAUUAUAUCUUUUCAUGUAACAACACUGAAGAAAUGACACUCUGCUACUAUGUAAAGUAGUAAGUGUACAGCCUGUAUAACAGUGUAAAUUGUCUGUCCCCUCAAAAUAAAUCGACACACAGCCAUUAAUGUCUAAACUGUUGGCAACAAAAGUGAGUACACCCCUAAGUGGAAAUGUCCAAAUUGGGCCCAAUUAUAAGUGCACCGAUACCUACGUAUCUAUAGGCAUUUCUAGUCGUGGCUGAAUUCCAAAGUCGAUGGGGUGGCAGAUGCAGCCGCCUAUUAUAGAAAGAAAGAUAAGCGAUAUAUUUCUCUGUCAGGCCACUUGGAGGAGUGGAUGAUGUUACACUGGUGACUAUCAGCAAAGGAUGCUGGGUUACAGAACUUUAUUAGUAUGGCAGUGUGCUGGGGUUGCAUUAAAUGACUGACUGUGCAGCAUGUGCUUGUUUCUGGGCAUGGUUUUAUUAUGAUCUCAAACAACAUUAGUAGCAUGGCUUUAGAGGACAGCACAUAAUAUAAAAAGACAGAGAUAUGUCCUGACAUAUCUCUACCUCUCUGCCAGCAUCAGGGUCAUCGAGUUUUCCUUUGGGCUCAAACUCCAGGUGUUUAGGAACCUAGCAAUGCCCGUGUAUAUAUCUAUUUUCUAUCAGACAAGUUUGUGUCACCAGCCGCUCUAUUAAAUAGAGUGAUUGUAUCAUAUACUACUGUUACAAAAUGCCUUUUGUAACUGUCUCUUUAAGUGACAAAUUGGCCUGCUUCCCUUCUUUAUUGAGAAGCCUAAUUGACAGCCUCCUUCCUCAUGACUAUGCCCCUGGUGUGUAUGGCCCUUUAAGAACAGUCUGUGAGCAUAUUGGGGCUUAUGGACUUUUAUGGGACUGGUGCUGACCCUUUAAGCACAUUUUUGGGUCAUAGGGAAAAUUGGGACACUGCCCCUUUAAGACGGUGUCCCAGACUUGUUUGGUACACUGCCCCUUCUAAGCCUGUGUCCCAAGUGUCCCCAGACUUGGUUAAAAUCCUUUGUUCAUGGCUAUUUUCCACUUGGUUCAGUAAAUGGGGCUUACUGAACCAAGUACCACAGAGGCGGACCACCCAGAAGUGGAAGUGUGCAGGCAAUUUACCUCCAAGGCUGGUAGCCUGCUGUAGGUAAAAUGCCGACCGCUGGGUGGCGGCAGCCAUCUUUGUUCAUUUGAACGAGGUCAGCGGUAUGUGGAGCCAAAUUCAUGGAACUGAAAUCAGCUGCACAUUUUAACGAACACCGCUGACCCUUACCUUCUCCUACAUUAAGUUUGAGGCCGCAGAGACUAAGUCCCGUUCGGCAGUUUGAACUCACUGCUGUACUAAGCUAAAUGCACGAAUGGCCUCGUUCGUACAUUCGAAUGUGACUUAGUAAUUUUUCUGUGUAAAAUAGACCGACCGCACAGCCCUAAUCUAUGGAACUGUUUUGGGCAGGAAAAUGUGUUUGCGGUCGGUCAUAAAGGACUUCCGUCUAACUUUUUAUCUACUGAAGGGAUUUGUGUGAUUUUUGGUUAUGUUUAUAUUUAAAGUAUGCUGAAUCUGAAUAUGUAAUUAUUAUGAAGAUUGGAGUUACAGUGUAUGUAUAAAAAGUGUAUUUUUCCUGCCUGUGAUAAUUACUUUAACCCAUUGUGUUCAGUAAUUAUAUCACAGGCAUGGGGGAGGAUUUGUGUGUUAUUGAUUGGUGUGUUUUUACUGUGUUAUGUGUUUAUUGGUUGUUCUGCAAAACCCUGUGGGCAAUCCUGUAUGUGUAAGACCUCCAUAAAAGAAGGCCCUUUGGUGCCAAUUAAAGAAGAACUACUUGACCCUCUAUCUUGCAGCCUCUACUCAUGUUUGUAGGGGACAGCUAUAAUCACUACAGGGAUUGCUAUGCUCUUCAUACUCCCUUAGCUACUGAGCUCUUGUAAGAGCUCUUGUUCCUGAUCCUGCUUCGCUCUACAGAAGGAAGAGGUUCACCUACUGGAACCUGGAGCCUGGUCAUAGGUACAGGGCGGAUAGCAGACGGCGAGAUCCCAGCCCAGCAGCAGUGGUUCGUGGAGUCUACAAUACUUAUGGUGUCUACAGUGCUGAAGGUCCUUUGGUGAGCACUAGGAGCAUCCUUUCUACGGUCCAACUUCCAGUCAGCCUGGAGGCAACCCGUAACGACUACUUGUUCCACAAUCUGUUAGGCUGAUGGGCAUACACUGAACAUUAGGUGACAUAAUUUAGUAAACAUUCUACUAAUUUUUCAUUUAGCAAAUUUGUUUAUGACGGUUCAAAUGACCAAGUUCUUCAAGCUCUCAGUUUUAACCCACUAUAUAAAAAUGUAUUUGUGUAGAAAUAAAGGACAGAUCAUCAUCUGUAGCUUUUAGUUUCAGACUGCCUCAGGUAGGAGUCAAUAAGUCAUUGUUGAGAACAGAAGCGGUCCAGGAUCUUUACUGAUGAAUAUAAAGUAGCUUGGUUGCUCACACCAUAACAUCUAAUGUUAAUGCAUGAACUGUACGACUUAUAAAUCUGUCAUAUAUGUAAACAUGCAAACACAAUGGGCUGGCUGACUGAUGUGCUGGCACAAAAUAGAAAAUAUAUGAGUAAAUAUGAUGUCUAGAUCCAAGGAAGCAAUUUACUCGGUUAUUCACUAGCAUCCAGAUUUUCACAAACUAAAUCCAAAUUGAUAAAGCAAGGCAAAAAACAGCCAUGACUAGUUGGAUAAUUUUUCCAAUUCAGCUAUGUUUGCCUUAGUUUUUCCAUUCAGAUUUAAUUCUAAAAAAUUCUGGGUUUAGUGAAUUACCUUGCUACUGAUUCAAGAAGCUACGCUGAUGAACUAUGCAGUAUACAGAUCCACACAGAACUUCUCCUCGGUCCUCCUCGGCUACACUACAAUCCUGUUAGGUUUGAGGUAUGGGAUACCCUGGGGAUGGAGGGUAGGGGGGCUGGAGAGACAUGCAACAGGAUAAAAGGGGUUAAAGAGGGGUUGGAAACCUAUAAAGGAGGGUGAGAGGGCUGGAGAGAAACUUAGUGGGGUGAGAGGGCUGGAGAGAUACACCAGGUUGUGCAGCUAGUGAUCACAGCAGUCUGGCGCAGGAUGUUAAGUGAGCUGUGAGAAGGUACUGCUGUUCCCUCAUACACAGCAUCCUUACCAAUUGAUGUACUGUAUUUCAUUUUAAUCUUGCUCUAGUUCCCCGGCAAACACUAAGUGACAGGAUAAGCUUUUCCUUUUCUCACUGUUUAUAUAGAGGUCUGCAGCACGAGCCUUUCUACUGACCCUGUGCAGAUCCGCAUUAACGAUGUUAGAUUUCAUAUUGUGAACCUAGAAAUUCAUCAGGUUGAGCUACAUGACAAUAAAGCUGCUCUGCGUUGUAUUGCAUUUCUGUAGACAGCAAAACAGCGGCUCUCAUUUGGGGAAACGGUCAAACAUGAAAAGGCAUUUCGGAGCGAGAAAGGGAACUGCAAACACCUGUCAGGUGCAAUACUGCAAGUGGAGUGAGGGGCAUAUUCACUAAACAGCGAGCUGCGGAACAACAAAAAAUACAAUUUGCCAAUACUGGAAUUAGAACCUGUCACAACAAAUUCUCAUUAACGUCUCCUCAUUCAUUAAAUAUGCAUUUUUUUCUAGUAAUUUAUGAUAUAUAUUUGCUUUAAGAGAUUUUAAUUGAAUACUCACCUCCUCUCCAUUGUGCCAGUGUGUGUCUAUUACACCGACCCUUCUGUAUGACAUAAACUGUAAGCUCGUAACCUCUUCAACCUAUCGCUCGUGAAAGUUUUCUUGUAAUUGUCCUAUUUAUAGUUAAAUCCCCCCUCUCAUAAUAUUGUAAAGUGCUACGGAAUCUGAAUACGCUAUAUAAAUGGCAAUAAUAAUAAUAACAAUAAUGACAUGCCCUGCUUGGGAACAUUUCUCAGAGUUGGGCAUUCAUCCCUCAUGACACUGACACGUUCUUCAAAGCCAGAACAUCAGCGUUGGAACAGAGUGCCGUCAGUAACUCCAUUUUUAUAUUCCUUAGAUGCAAGUGUAAGAUGUUUGCUGUAGAAGAAUAUCACUGUGACCGAGGGCAGGAGAACCAUACUACACUCACAUGUCAGCGUAGGCCUCUGGCACAUAAGUCUAUGCUGACAUUUGAUUGACAGUUGGGGAAGAACAACUGAUGUAUUAAUGUAAAAGAUCUUUUAUGGCAUCUACAAAUUUCAUAGCAUUCCACUAGAACAAUUUAAAGAUGAUUUUCUUUUCUAACCUUUUAAUUAAAGUACCCUUGUAUUUGCCUAUUUUCACACUGCUUUCCUAUGGACGCGGAAGCCCUCUAGCGGCUGUCAAUGAGACAGCCACUAGAGGCUGGAUUAACCCUAAGGUAAACAUAGCAGUUUCUCUGGAACUGCUAUGUUUAUAGAAAAAAGGGUUAACCCUAGAUGGACCAGGCACCCAGACCACCUCAUUAAGCUGAAGUGGUCUGGGUGCCUAUAGUGGCCCUUUAACAGCACACACAACCCAUUGUGGCAUGCUGGUGAUUAAAGGAUUAACCCAGGCACCAUGACCACUUACAUAAUUUAAAGUGGUCGUGGUGCCUGGAGUCUGUUUGUGCAGCGUUCCACUUUGAAACUCAGAAGUUUAACCAUUUUGCUGACAGAGGUAUAGCUUCUCCUCUGACAGCAUCAUUGGCAGUGGCGGCUGGUGAGGUUUUAAGAUGGUGGGGUGCCAGACAUCUCCCCUAAAAUUUUACUCCUCCCUGUACAAUAAUCAAACAAUACAGAGAGCAGAGCAUAAUACAGAGAUGCUCAUACAAUAAAACAAGCUGGGCAUGUCAUAAAGAUAUCAAUAAAAUACAUAGAGCUGAGCACAAUACAGAGAUAAACAUGCCACAAACGGAGAGUAAAAAAUAGAGCAGGGCACAAAAUAAAUAUACCUGUGCAAUACAUAGAGCUGGGUACACUACAGAGAUACCGGUACCACAGGUAGAGCUGAGUAAAAUUCUGAGAAAUAACACACAGAGCUGGGCACGAUAAGAAGAUACUCAUGAGUAUCCCACUCAGCCAGGAUCACUGUGAAGGAUUACACAGAGCUGCAAUACAGAGAUGCAGUAGCAUGCCCCCCACCUGCCUCGCUGUCUGAGGCACAUGAUUUUCAGGUGCUGUCCCAUCGUCCCACUUUAGUUACCUGGUGUCCCACAUCUGAGGCCACCAGGCAACUGUUCCCGGGCAGCACAGAGUGAGUGCAUCAUUAGACACGCAUGCGCUAUGCAGCAGGCACUAAGACUAUACAGGAAUUGCUUUGGAAGUGCUCCCUGCAUGACCCUGAUAGGUGGAAGCCUGCCAGGCUGCUUGUGGGGUGGCGGGACCACUUGCCCCAUCUUAGCUCUCCCUCUCAUGAUCUAAUCUUCAGUAGUGCUUCUACUAUGAUAACUUUCUAGUAAAUAUUGUUGCUGUUAUGAAACAUGUGAUCUCCUUUAUUAGCUCUUAGUUUACACAGGGUUAAAGCAUCAAUAUACUGAUAGGCUCCUCAUUACCUUUGCAGCGGGCAGAAAAAUUAAUCUGGAGUGGUAAUAUGGACCCAAGAACUAGCUGACAUGGAUAACACAAUCAACAAUCAUUACAGAUUUAAAUAGAUUGAAAUCAGACCAGUCAUCAGAGUCACAGCCCCAGUCCUGCAGUUUGACGCUUCACAACUUUUCAACUAGCCACAGCAUGACUAUCUCAGGUCUCAGCUACAGAAGGGUAUGUGCUGUUGGAGUUAAUAAAACCUUUAGUGACGGGAAGCACCGUGCUCUGUGUCAACAAGUUUCCUCUCCAAUGGGUUUCCCUGGCAUUAUAAUAUUAAUUAUAUAUUCGAGUAAAUCCCUUCAGGCAGUCACUGGGGCUAUUGGGGGAGAGAAAAGGAUAAUAUUAUACACUUACAUUAUGUGGGCACUGAAACCCCACUUCCUGGUGCUGUGAGUCAUUAGACUGCCUUUACUCAUGGGCACCUGGCUCUGCUUACGAAAUGGAACUUCCUUCUUAAAAGAGUCUAGACAUGUGCAAAAUCUGAUGAAAUAGGGCAAAUUUCACACUUGCCCCUUUUUAUUUGGCAUGUCUACAUGCUCUCAAGUAAGCUUCUCCAAACAGCUACAAUUGAGGGGAGAGGAACUCUGCAGAACUGAAUAUAUAGAUGAUAUAUAAUCAGAUUAUAGAAUUAAUGCGCUUUAUUUCCCCCCCAAGUAUUUUGGCUUACCACCCUCCCAUCCAUAUAAAGAAUCUUAGUGUUUCUAAACUGCUGCAAAUAAAUGUUUUCCCCUUAUAAAAACGAGGUUUGGCACUGCCCAAGUAUAACCAGUCAUACUUCCCUAUCACUUUGAGGGUGAACUGUGCAGAAGUUUACAAUAAACGCAAUGAUUAUCCAUUUUUAAUCAUUUAUGUAUUUUCUAUCCAUACGUUAUGAUAAGAUUAAUUGUAACUCCUUCAAAUGAAAAUAAAUGCCAGUGUAUCAUAUAUAGCACAGAAGGUCACGGGCCACGUGAAACUCAAGAAAGGCAUAUUUUUUGAAAAUGUAUGGCUCUGCAUCUGUUUCUGAUAUCUCACUAGACUUCAGAAAAGUGAAACCGAAGAAGGCCAUAAGAUGGCAUUGUUACUCCUUCUGUAGAACAGGUAGCAUGUUUGUAAUAAAGCUAGCUUUACUGAUGAGCUAUAUCAAACAAAGGUGACUCAUAUAUACAAACAUAACUGCGGUCAUAAAACUGCCCAUAAUUUUACACCUUGUCUAAAACCUCAAUCUCAGUUCUGAAAUAGAAAGGAGGAGACAACAAUCCUUUCUGAGUCAAGAACUUUACCAUUUUAUCUGCAAAUUGAAUCUUUUAAAUGUUAGAAAUCCUGUACAUUUUUACCUAGGUUUAGAUUCCAAAUGCAUUAAUUGCAUAAUGGCAACUGGUAUGUAUAUAUACUCCCAUCUCGAGUAAUAAUAGUUUGAUAUUCAACUUGUUCAAAGAGAUGGUAUUUUCAAAGAGACUGAGUGCAUCUAAAGUGGUCUCCAAGCUUCUAAGGCACGUCUGUGUAUUCUUCAUAUUGCAUUAGAUGUUCAAGGACAUUGCGCUACUGUUUUUUUCUUUUAUUUAUUUUUUUCGGUUUUGUUUGCUCUGUUGUUAUGACUUUCCAUAAGGGAAGCUUUAGUCACAUCAUAAUUAUUCACGUAAACCAAUCAUGACCGACAAUCAAUUCUAAGCACAAAUCAACUUUCGAAAAAUAAAAAACUUCUGGUUUUAUAGUGUACAUUAAACUUUGAUAUUGUUAUAUUUCACAUGGUAACAGUUAAAAUGAACAGCAGAUGGCGACAGAGUCCUUGUUAAAGAGGAUGUUUCUAAUUGUUUUCUGGUUUUACAGCAGUAUGUUAACUAUUACAAUGCCAGUUGUCUGUGUCGUGUUUUGCUUUGAAUGUUUCGCAAUUCUAUUCAAUCUCGUUCAUUGAACUCAAAUCCAGAAGGUAAAUGGAAUCUUAGCUUUAUUAUGAUAUAAACCAAAAAUAAUGUUUUUCAAUGAACACAUCCUACAAUUUUGUUUCUAAAAAAAACAGAUAUAAACUUCCUACUAUACAUUUUCCAUCAGACUUUAGCUGCCGAUUUGCUUUGUGUUCAUUUCUAUAGGUCUUGGGAGGAAAUGUAAGGUUGUGGGCCACCAUGUUUGGAUGUAGGACAAAAACCGGGGCCAACUGGAAGACAUACAAUUUCUUUUGAUAGGUUGCUGUUGAGUGAUUUAUAUUUUGGAAUCACUAUCAUCACCUCAACUACAAAAUCUCUGUAGCACAUACCAAAAUCCAGAUCUGCUCUCUUGGGUACUAGGCAACACAGGAGUGUGAGGCUGCCCUCAGAUUCCUUAAAGGAACACUAUAGUCACCUAAAUUACUUUAGCUAAAUAAAGCAGUUUUAGUGUAUAGAUCAUUCCCCUGCAAUUUCACUGCUCAAUUCACUGUCAUUUAGGAGUUAAAUCACUUUGUUUCUGUUUAUGCAGCCCUAGCCACACCUCCCCUGGCUAUGAUUGACAGAGCCUGCAUGGAAAAAAAAAACUGGUUUCACUUUCAAACAGAUGUAAUUUACCUUAAAUAAUUGUAUCUCAAUCUCUAAAUUGAACUUUAAUCACAUACAGGAGGCUCUUGCAGGGUCUAGCAAGCUAUUAACAUAGCAGGGGAUAAGAAAAUCUUAAUUAAACAGAACUUGCAAUAAAGAAAGCCUAAAUAGGGCUCUCUUUACAGGAAGUGUUUAUGGAAGGCUGUGCAAGUCACAUGCAGGGAGGUGUGACUAGGGUUCAUAAACAAAGGGAUUUAACUCCUAAAUGGCAGAGGAUUGAGCAGUGAGGCUGCAGGGGCAUGUUCUAUACACCAAAACUGCUUCAUUAAGCUAAAGUUGUUCAGGUGACUAUAGUGUCCCUUUAAGUUCACCUAAUUUGUGUUUUUUACCACUUACUGUGCCAUUGCAAUAUGUUUGCUCUGAGCACAUAUAUCAUGCCAGUUUUGAACAUUUCUCUGUGUCUUUCAGAGUUGGGUACACAUUGUAAAAACAGAAUGUGGGUACUAUUUGUCCUUGCCGAAAGGGUGUUCUAGCCAGGUCAUUCACCGGCAUUCUUGGCAAAGACCUUCACAAUACCCCAGUUUAUGACACAUUAAAAAUGUACAGUGCUUUCCGCAUUUAGAAAGUCAUCUGUUGGCUCUUUGCCCAGGUGGGCAACAACUGUACCACUGUUCCUUUUAGAUAUUAUCUCUAGUGAGGUCCUGCAUUAUCUUGUGUGUAGGUAGUGGGUACCGUGUAGUGUGACACCAAUAUCCCCCAUUCAACCUCCCUCUUUACAAUAAAAACCUGAGACAUAAUUGUGGUAUAAAAUAGGCCACAGGUUUAUUUACACUUGAACAAAUAUGCCAACCACUAGCCGGUCUUUGGCUCAGUGGGCACCUCCGUUUUUCCAAACCAUGUACCAGAGAUUAGGGGAGGAAUCAGCCCCGACUUUCCUUCUUCCCAUGUGCUCCUGAUACCUCACGAUUGACAAGGACCUUCCCCUCCACUAGCCCCACUGCUUUACGCCUAACUCAGUGGUAGCGACCCCCCACCAGCGCCAUGGCCUGUUUCAGAACAUCUUGCAGCCUAGGUUGAACAGAUCAAGGCCCACAUCAGUAAGACACACCAUCGCUACAAAAAUAAACCGCUGCGUCUCGUUAAAAAAUGCAGUGGCGCACCGCAAGACCCCCGAUCCGCAAUACAAACUGAGAAAUUCGCAUGUUCAAUUUGAUCCUGCAGCACUCUAUUGCCCUCUGGUCGCUGGCGCACUUCCAGUAGUUGCGCACAACCACCUCCGACCACACCAGGCAGACUUUCGGGAACAAGAGUAGCAAGUGCGCAAGAUUCUAUUUGAUCAUGUACCCUAAACCCCACACCAGACAAGUGCCCAAAUCAUUACCGCCCAGGUGUAUUACCAACACAUCCGGAACACCCAGUAGCUCUCACAGUUAAACCAACUCUUUAAGUAGCUGUACCCAGCGCAACCCCCGAGUCCCAAACCAGCGGAUUUCCGCCACCACCGGGGAAAGGCUAAGACGAUUUCCACCAGGGCGAACCCUGCCCGAUGAUGGACCCAGUAUAUAUAAGAGUGUAUGAAUAGCAGGAUGUUCUGAAUGGACCCUGUGGAGAAAACAUAGGGGAAAAAGCAAUCAGCCCAGAUAUGCGCACGUAGGACACAUGAAUAGCCUGCUCUGAUAUGCCCAAGUGAGAUGCCUUAGUCGCCGCCCCAAUGCGGAACGAAUGACCUCCAAAUUCCUUCCCUGGAAUGCCCAGCGCAUCCAAAGCCAAAUGAAAGACCCAGAUGAAUUGGAACCUGGAUAAGAAUCCCCAUCCGUGUGAAUCAGGAACGGGCCUGGAGCGGCACAGUAGAGCUGGUAACAUGCAACUGGACACGCUAUGGACCUGGGAAUCCCGUGAAGUGAAACCCAAGUCCCCCGGCCGAAAACAUUGGCCUUGGGCCGUUGUAACAAAAAACAUACCAGCCCUUCUGCGCAGGAGACGUCCUGAAACCAAAGGUAAAUGCAACAUGACAUAGUAACGCCUCAAAGACGGAAAAGCACACCUGCGGCAGAGCCGACAAAAUCCCAAACAGCAGAGCCCCCGAUAUCGGCCGACGAGAAUCAGCCAUCCAAGGCUCCUUCCUCCAACCCCGCAUAGCCAAGAUGACCAUGUAGUCUUUCGUGACACCUGGAACCCUGGUUAACUUGAACCAGAAGCUCAAGCCAGACAACUUCGCUGAAACCGCCGAUGGCAAACUCCCCAAUGCUUCCCAAAACCAUAAGAGGCACAGGAGGCUCUGAAGCCAAUCGUCUUCCAAAUGAAAACCUCGGAGCGUUUGUUCAAAGGUCCACCACUCCCCCUAUGCCUUACCAUAGCGGGUCCAGGUAGCAUCCGAGACCGAGGACCGGAACCACGCUGGCCACUGUCAAUCAGGGCCUCGGCCCUGAGGACAGUAAGAAUGGUCUCAAUAUCCAUCAAGCUGACCAACUAGCACUGAUAACAGCCAGGGAAAGCUGUUACCAUGCAGGAAUUUUUAAACUGGCUAAG